GUUUCCUCUCUCUCUAAGUACCUUACCCUCUUAAUGCUACAAUCUCGCUGAUUGAUACCUCAUAUUCUAUUUAUCCUAUUAGGUACUUUUUAUCACAUUCCUACUUCCUACUUCCUACUUUAUACUGCCUACAGCCAAUCAUGGCUGGGCGCUUUGUUCGAGCGUCCAAGUACCGACAUGUCUUCGGCAAAUCUACUCGGAAGGAAUUCUGUUAUGAUAAUAUACGUAUAAGCCGAAAUGCUUGGGAUACCAACUUGGUUAAGGCCAAUCCAGAAUAUCUCUCGGUAAAUUGGGAGGCCAGUGGUGGAGGUGCCUUUGCUGUCAUCCCCUUGGGUGAGAAGGGCAAGCUCCCCGAUGUCAUUCCUCUAUUCCGUGGCCACACUGCUGCAGUUCUCGAUACCGACUGGAACCCCUUUAACGAUCGCCUAAUCGCAUCAGCUUCCGAAGAUGGCAAAAUCAUGAUUUGGGAAGUGCCUCAGGGCUUCACCCUAUUAACAGAUGCCGAGGAACCACCCGACGUAGCUCCCGUUUCCAAACUGACCGGUCACUCGAGGAAGGUUGGUCAGGUCUUAUUCAACCCCGCUGCCGAGAAUAUACUUGCUUCUGCCUCUGGGGAUUUCACAAUCAAGAUAUGGGAUGUAGGCACCGGUUCUGCUGCCCAUACGCUCAAACACCCUGAUAUUGUUCAAAGUCUGUCGUGGAAUGCCAAUGGUACAAUGCUCGUCACAACCUCGAGAGACAAGAAGCUUCGUGUAUGGGAUGUACGACAAGAGCGCCCUGCACAUGAAGGACAAGGCCACGAGGGUGCCAAAAACAGCCGAACAGUUUGGUUAGGAGAACAUAACAGAUUUGCUACGACCGGCUUCUCUCGUAUGAGUGAUCGUCAACUUGCUCUCUGGGAGCCCGGUAACAACACGCCUAUUAUACUAAAUACUCUUGAUAGUAUCUCCGGUGUUUGCAUGCCUUUCUGGGAUGACGCCUGCAACUGCUUGUAUCUCGCCGGAAAGGGUGAUGGCAAUAUCCGAUAUUUUGAGUAUGAGAACGACAAGUUCGAAUUUCUUUCCGAGUACAAGUCGAUUGAGCCUCAGAGAGGUAUUGCUUUCGUUCCAAAGCGCGGAGUGAAUGUCCAUGAAAAUGAAGUCAUGAGGGCAUACAAGACAGUUAACGACACGUACAUCGAGCCUAUCUCUUUCACUGUCCCUCGACGGGCCGAGACAUUCCAAUCGGACAUUUACCCACCAGCUUCUGGCGUCAAACCUGGUGUCGGUGCUAAUGAUUGGCUAUCUGGCAAAACUGGCCUGCCACCGAAGAUCGAUUUUGAAAGCAUCUAUGAGGGCAGUGCGCCUGUUGAAGUCCUUGAUUAUCAGGCACCUGCUUCAGCACCAGCUCCGACCCCUGCACCUAAACCUGUACCUCAAAAGGAACCCGAGCCAGCAGCGCGACCUCCGCCUCCCACCCUUAAGGAGCAGAAUCGCUCCAUGGCUGCGAUAGCCUCCAAGUAUGAAGAUAAAGAUGAGGGCGAUGACGACGAGACCUCAAGUUUCGAAGAGAUCUCAAAGCCAACCCAACGCAGCGCAAUCCCUGCACGCUCUGAGCCGACGCCUCUCUCUCCUACCAAGACUACCUCCGCGCCGCCACCGAAACCGGCAGCCGCAAUUAAAUCGCCUACUUACCCAUCAACCUCGGCUACAGCAGUCCCUGUUUCAGCAUCGUCGAACAGCCCAACAUCUGGCCCAGGCGUUGAAACAACUUUGGAGCAGAUCAAGCAGCUGUUAGAGACUCAGACUAACAUGAUUAGCGUGCAAGGCCAAAAGAUCAAUCAUCUGACGGAUGAGGUAGACAGCCUGAAGAAACGAGUGGGAUCUGGAACGCAGGACCAGAGUGAACGUAUCCGACAGCUGGAGCUGGAGUUGGAGGAGUUGAGGUCGUAAAGCCACAGGGAAGUUGUAGGAAUACGUAUCGAGACAAUUAAAAGAGGUGGACUAGGGUCGAACAGUUGAUGGAUAACGAACGACAUUGACGAAGCUUAUACCUCCAGUCAUUCCAAAAUACCGUACCCGGAGC